UACACCUCCGGUAGUUAAACCAUCGUAAUUUCAGAGUAACAAACAAUUGAGAACAUUCAUUAAUGAAUCACAUAAAAAUGUGCAUCGCGAACGUAAUACGGAGGAAAUAUAAAAACAUUGUACUAAUAGCAAUAUUUUGUGUGUUAAUUUCUUACAAUAUUUUUAUCAAUACCCGUUCAAAUAAGGUGAUUGACAAUGGAAAAACCAGAAGUGGAAAAGUGAAUUCUAAAAUUAAUUUAGAAUACGUAACAGUGCAUUUGGAUUUGAAAGGGUCGCCUCCUAAGAUGGAUUACCUGUUGUCACUUCUGCAUACAUUGCAAUAUUAUGGAGCUAAUUCAAUAUUAUUGGAAUAUGAAGACAUGUUUCCUUUCGAAGGGAGUAUUGUUAAUUUGAGUGCUGUGUACCACUAUACAAAACAUGAACUCAUUCAGUUCAUAAAACGAGCGAAAAAUUUGGAAAUGGAAAUAAUACCCCUGGUUCAGACCUUUGGCCACAUGGAGUAUGCUUUGAAAUUGAAGGAGUUUGCUCAUCUCAGGGAAAAUCGCCGUCAGCCAGGAUCCAUUUGCCCCAGUAAUAACAUGAGUAUAGAACUAAUUACUAAUAUGUUAACACAAGUAAUAAAACUGCACACACCAAUAAUGCCACUAAGACACAUACAUAUAGGCUGUGAUGAAGUAUACUACUUAAAUCAAUGUUCACUAUGUAAAAAACGAGUUCUGGAUAAAAAUACUUUAUUUAUGGACCACGUACAAAAAGUGACCGCAAUAGUCAGAAAACUAAGUCCAGGUACCAAAGUUCUGAUAUGGCCUGACAUGAUCUUGAAGAAUAAGAAGUCGAAGAAACACAUUUCGUUCGACAACAUUGAAGCUGUGUGGUGGGACUAUAGACAGAACCUCAGAUGGCUGUCACAUACAGUAGCCUACAAUUUGCAUCAUCAAUUUGCUGAUAUCUGGGUAGCAUCAGCUUUCAAAGGCGCCGAUGGAAAGAAAGCAGUAAUACCUAAUAUAAAAAACCGGUACCUAAAUAAUUUAGGUUGGCUGAAGUUCAUCUACAACUACAAGUUUGGUGGAGAAAAUAAAGUUUACGAUUUCAAAGGAAUUAUUCUAACAGGUUGGUCGAGAUAUUCUCAUAUGAGCGUGCAGUGCGAACUUCUUCCAGUCGCUAUGCCUAGUUUACUAUUGAAUCUUAUGUUAAUUAGAACAUUAAGAGGAGGAAUUGAAGAUGAUUUUCAUAAAAUUGAUAGUUGCAAGUUUUUCGAUAAAUAUUUAAAAUCAGAUUUUGAGGAUAUUUUUCAAACGCUACCCUCUCACGAUCAAAAGGAUCAUCAGUGUUCCUUUGAAAAAACAAAACUUUAUAAAGAAUUUCAUAAGGUGUUUGAUUUUAAUCCAAUUGAUACAUGCUUAGAAAAACUGCGGACAAGUUGCCAACUUUUGUCAUCAAGUGAGCCCAAAGGUUUACAUGAUCUACAAGUUACCUGUUUUCUAUAUUGUAACUCAACAUUGAAAGGGGCAAAGACUAUGAGCACGAGACUAGAAUCGUUUAUGAAAAAGUAUUACAGAACGGGAGUUAUUAAUAGUUAUAUUAAUGAAAGAAUAAGAACACCUCAAGCAGAAAUUGAACAUCUAUUGACACGUUUAAAUUCUAAGCAUAAUAAACUAUAUUGGACCAGAAGGCAUUAAAAGAGAGUUGGGGAUAUUGUCAGUUUAGAAGUAUAGUGAGACUAACUGACACGUUUUUAAUAUUCGCAAGUAUCAAAGACACAAAGCAUUAUUUAAAAGCGUUGUCUUCGCUAUCCGAAAAUAUGUUACAGUAAUCAUUCACUAGAUAUUCUUAGAGCAACAUAAAAUGUCAUGGUCAUAAAUAAAAUUCAAAAUCUUCCAUCGCAUCAACAUUUCAUGAGUACCUACUAUAUUAAUAUUUGAGUAUUUUCAUUGCAAAGCCAAAACUCUUUGAGUGUAAAACCAUGUUUUUGGUCGAGUGUCGAUCAUUUUAAGGAAAGGCUUUCAAUAUUCAAUAGUGGGAUAAUCAGUCAAAAUAUAAUGCCUGUCGUAAAAUACUGGUCAUGCUUACUGCGAAAACAAAAGGAUACCAUAAUAAUUUGCUAACAAGGAAAAUAUAUUUCAACUAUAAAAAAGUACUAAAUAAAUGUUUACGAUUUUUUUUUUUAUUUAUUUCCAUAGAGGUACACUUUUAUAACCCUAAACAGGCAUUCAAAU